GUGAUUGAAAUAUUACAGAAGAAGAAGUCAAAUAUCUGUAACAGUCGACAGUCUGGCUCCACUAAACGGAAUACACAAAAUAGGGCGUGAAAAGAAUUCAGGGUAAGCUUUGAGCGACGCUGAGUGAAAUUGCGCCAUAUUAUGUACAUGUAAAUCAGCGGUCAUCGGAACGAGGGAUCAGUCCGUGAUAUUCAAGGGAGUGCAUAAAUUUUAAAAAACUCGAGAUGAGCAAAUGAUGAUGACAAUCUAUCCAGUGAUGGCGGAAAUUGAGCGUAGCCACAAUUAAGUAUGUCAGGCACCCACACUUUGACAUGCUCUCACCAGAGGGCGCGUUACGCAAGCUUGAAGUGCGAGGAGCGCACGGAACUCUGGGUAGAGAAUGCCAUUCUGAAUCUGUUUACGUUUAAACAACAGGUGCGCUUAGUGAACCUAUGAGAGGGAUCAAAUUUCAAGCUUACUGUUGACGCUGACUGAGGAAAAAAAGAAAGAAGAAAUGGCUUUCGGUAGUGCACAACAAAAGGAUUUCGGACAGGGAUGAUGGAUAAGGUGUUGGGCGGAACUAUGGGUGUGCUUAAACAAGAGGUAACCAUGGUGACAGAAGUGAUUGACAAGCUGAAAGGAAGAGCUCUUCCACAAAACAGUCUUUCGCUGAAUCUCGGCAGUGACAGUAACUUAAAAAAUGAAUCGUAUGGAUGUCGCCAUUGCCAAGAAAACUUUUCAACCCUGCUGAACCUACAGCAACACAUAAUCUGUGAACACACUAAGGAACUCCGAACCGAAAUACACCAGCACCAACACAAGAAACACCGACCUCUGGACGGAAGUGGGUCGAUUCAUCCCAAGAAGCGGAAAAUUUUAGAGGGAUAUACUCUAGAAGGCAAGGAGGAGAGGGUUAAAAAUUUGGGGAUUGACUUUCAAAGCAACGAUGAUGAUGACGAUGAUGAUGACGACGAGGACAGGCUGGUAAUCAGUACGUCACCAGCUCCCCCAGAAAACGCCAGCAGUGAACCGGCUCCGGUUGAGGAAUUUAUGUCCUAUCCUCACAAAAAGCUGAAGAGGAAAGACUACCUGGAAAUUAAAGGUGAAGUGAGGAAGGAGAAAGAUUUGCAGAAAGAGUACGAGAAAAUCAUAAACAAAGCUAAGAAGGAGAUUGAUCGAGAAAACAACGAAAUCCGUGAAAAGUUGGAGAAGACUGAGUUACUUUACGCAACCGCUAAGUUUCAACCUGAAACGAAGUCUGAGCAUGUAAAUGAUGCACUGCCAAGUCAACUGUACAGUGCUCCAUAUAAUGUGCCACACCAAGAUAUUAGACUACCGUAUCCACCCGUGUCAGCACAGCAGUCAAUGGUCCCAGCUAUUAACAUGAACAUGUAUGGAAAUUUUGCGAUGCCAAUGAAUUUUCCGCCCCAUCCUAUGGCUUACAUGAAUCCUGGAAUGUUCAUGCCUCCCAUGACUACACAUCAGCAUUCAACCAAUUACAUUCCUCAACCAAAUCCAAUGCCAACCUCUCCUUUGCCUUCUAGAGUAGCCCAAGUAUCAAGCCCAAGGAUGUCACCACGCAGUCUCGGGACCCCCAAACCCGAGAAACCCAAGUCAGCACGCUCAUCGAAUUCAAAACGCCGUAACCAAAAAGUAGAAAGAAAGGGAAGUUUGUCGGAUGAUAAAAGUCAGUCGGAUGACAAGAGUGAAGUAGUCGAGAUUUAUGAAUGUAAAGUUUGCUGUCGAAAAUUUUCACAAGUCGGGAACUUUCACAACCACAUGAAACUUCAUAACGAGAAGUCGUGUAGUUGUGGAAUCUGUAAAGUGGAGUUUAGCGAUAGUUACGAACUGCAACGUCACAUGAGAACGACACACACGGGAAGCAUGCCAUAUAAGUGUAACGAGUGUGAUCGAGAAUUUAGCCAGUAUAACAAUUUGAGAAGACAUCUUCGAGUCCACAGUGGAAAUUCUUACAAGUGCCAUAUUUGUGGAAGAAACUUCAAUGAAAUUUUCUACUUGGAUAUGCAUAUUGGUUCCCACACCGGAGAACGAACCUACAAGUGUGGAGUCUGUAGUGUGACUUUUCGAGACAACGCAGAGCUUCAGAGGCAUGUGAAGACGCACAGUGUAGACGAGCUCCACACUUGUGAUGCUUGUGGGAAGUCGUUCAGUAAAGCCUGUGUUCUUCGCCAACACAAGAAGAUGCAUUUAGGAAUCCGUCCUUACAAAUGUAACAUCUGCGAUAAAGCUUUCAUUCAUCGUCAUCAUCUUACCAUCCAUAUGCGUAUGCACAACACUUCAAAGCCAUACACCUGCAAGUUUUGUCAUCGAGAAUUCACCCAAACUAGUCACUUGUAUAAACAUAUCGAAAAACAACAUGAGGAGGAGAUUGGAAAAGCUGUUGAUCUCAAUUUUAAAAAUGGAAAGAAAAGCAUUCCUUCAGCCUCAGAGAUUGAAGAGUUAUUCUGUAAGAUGCAGAGUCCGUCCAAUUCAUCGUCUGCUAGUGUGGAUAGUGGGAAUGCAGAAACGAUCGGAAGACCAAGGAGUGACUCCAACAUUAGUCAAGCAGACUCCGCCAUUUCACUGUCCAGGUCUAAUGUUAGCCCCAUCUCCAUGGAAACUCCUCCUCCUGUUGAAUAUUCAUCCACUCCUCAAUAUUCACCCAUCUCUUCAGCAUCUAGUCAGUGUGACAACGAAGCUCGUUCUCUCACGCCAACCACCGAAGUUCUUCCCACUCACUUAAAGUCAAAUGGUCUCAGUCAAGCAGCAGCAAGAAACCCUGCAGGCCAGACGCACACAAAAAAGGACUCGCUGUCUCAUGCAAACUCUCAGGAGUAUUCUACCGCAAAUCCAAAACUAAACGAGAACAAAAUACUCACGACAGACCAAAGCAAGAAUACAUCUCAUUAUCAUCAAGAUCAUAUUAGAAGUACUUGUUUAAAAACGGAGAAGUUCAACAUUUUACCAGAUGUUAGCAGGAUCACAGACACGGACCAACUUUCUCAGGAAUUUAGGGCACCCAGGAAGGACGUGAGUCGGAAGUCGGCGUCAUCUCCGUGCUCAAGCCUGUCCUCUGACUCUGCAUUGGGAAUUACUGACCAUCCUAGCCCUCCUUCAGCCAUUUUGACUCCAGAGUCGAUUAAGGUAGAGAAGAAGGAAUGCAAGGAAGAAAAACCCAAAAAGAGAAGAAGGAGGAGAAAGAAGAUGGAGGCAGACAGUGAAAGCAUCGCUACUACUGAUGCUCCCCCGUCCGCCCCCAACAGCCAGAUUCCUAGCCUACCCCCCAUGAUGCCAAAUAUUCCUACAGAUGUGCAGCAGAUGUACCUAAUGCAGAUGCAGCAUCUUCAAGAUAUGCACAUGGUUCUGUUUGCUAAUGCUAUGGCCAAUCAGAGUUUUCCGAAUGGCCCUGGGACCAAACCCAACAGUCCGGCCACUACUCUCCCAGUGGCAAGUCCUUCGUCUUAUGGUUACGGAAACCAGAUGGACGUUUUCUCCCAGGCGUCCCAGCCUCGGACAUUUUCUCCGGUGUCCCACAGCAGAUUCCAUAACUCACAGAGCGACGUCAGUGGACCUAUGGACUUGAGUGUAGAAAAACAAGCAUAGAUUCAUAUUCCUUACGAAGAUUAAUUGCUCAAAAGUAAAAGAAUUCCAAUACACUGUUAUUGAGGCAAAUGCAAACUCCGAUUGCUGCCUGUGGCUUUUAUUUGAAAAUGCUGCUGAAAGUUUUCUUUGUGGAUUUCACUAGGAAAUCUGUACCUGUGCCUUUUGCCUACAUGUGUUGUAUUUGAUUGUGUUCUAACGAAAUUAUUACACACAGACACUUUUACUUUAUAUGACAAAACACCAAAUCAAAAUUGUGUACACUUUUUAUAUUAAGCAGGUUGUUCAAUUCUCUGUGUUCAAUGUACUGAUUUUUUGCCUGUAAAUCAAACAGAUAUUGCUCAAAUUUUUUUUUUACCAUUAAACAACUUGUGUUGACCUGUGUUCAGCCAUGAUGGCGUUCAGACGAAAAAUGUCCUCAUAUUGUUAAACUGAGUUGUGAGUCAUCUUUCAUUGCCUUUGAAAUCAUUCACAAAAUUUAUACCUCGGGAUUCAUUGUUUGCCAAUUAUUAUGUUGCAGCAAAACUAUAGCAAUAUCUCUUAGCUUUACAUUUGUGCCAUAAUGGAGUCCACAUUCCCAUAAUGCCAUUGAAUGGUGAAAUAUACACUUACAAACUCCCAGAGUAAGAUGGAAAAAUAUUUUUAUUUUUUUUUUUGCGUAUUACUUGGAAGUGAGUUCUUAUGCAAUAUAUUUUAUUUCUACUUUUACUUUCAUUUUUGAAAGUUCAGAGUUCAAGCCUGGAAUUUAUUUCUAGAAGAAGCAGAGACUUCUUUGGGGGUCUUUUAUGAUUUUUUCUCCCUUUUAAAUAUGUGUUCCGAAUCAUUAGCACCAGCAAGAUUUCUGUAGCUUCUGUCUCCUUUAUGUUUUUGACUAGUCAGGUGCGUGCCAUACCCUGUCAGGAAUCGGUGCUCGCUGUUUACUAUUCGAUUCCAGUAUUGUAGUUACCUACACCCCCUACAACCCACCCCCAAUUUUUAUAUAUCAACCUAGCAUGAAAUUGGAAAUAUGCAUACUUUUCUGUAGGAAAGUGAAUUAUUGGAUUUUAGAAUUAUUUUAAUUCUUUCAAUUUACAAAACUGUCAGAAAAAGUUUUUAUAAUCGCUUCUAACAAAAAUAAAAUCGAAUGUUGAGACGAACAUAGAUUGACAUGUGGUGGGACAUUAUUGUUGUUUGAGGUGAAAGACUUUCUUCGACAUUUAUGUAAAUUCCAGAUACCAAUAAUGCUGUACUCUUGUCAUUGAAAAGUGUAUGCUAAUGAUAUAUUGGUAUUCUUUCACUUGUAGAAAAUGUGUGGGGGUGGUGGAUUUGUAAGCAAACUUUCACAAUUGUUAUUUACCAAAAUAUACUGGCUUCAAUGUUUUCAGCUUGCGUUAAAAUACACGAUUAUAUUUAAAAAGAUGUGUGGCUUUUUCGGUGGACAGUUUUGUGUAUAUUUAUACCUCUCAGGUGUUUUUAUCCUGCCAUGAUUAUGCAAUCUGUAUUUAUAUUGUAUAAUAACAUUUUGUUUGUUUGUUUUAAUUGUGUGUCACAUUGCUCAUUUUAUAUUGUACAGAACCUGUGUAAAAAUGAUAACGGAGUAUUGUGUUUUUAGAAUUCGUAAAAAUGAUGAUGGAGUAUUGCGUUUUUAGAAUUCGUAAAAAUGAUGAUGGAGUAUUGUGUUUUUAGAAUUCGUAAAAAUGAUGAUGGAGUAUUGUGUUUUUAGAAUUCGUGUUUGACAGAAUAUUUCUAGAGAAAUGAUUGUACCUACAUGAGAUUUGUGUGCGAGAUUGCUAGGAUUGGUGAACCAUUGUGUGAAUGGCCGUACCCUCAUUGUAGUAUUUUAAUCAGUCCAAGGAUGAUUUGAUUCAGAUUGUUUAAAUGAAAGCCAUUUCUGUUUAUUUUAUAUGAUAUGAAGUGAGUUGGGGAGGUUUUUGAAAGAGGGUAAGCUUUCCCAACUGUAAAAUGAGUAGAAAUUACUUUUAUUUCGUAUGAUUUUAAGUAAGUAAAAUGCAUUUCUUGCAUUUGGAUGAAUAAUGUUAGAGAAAAUAAGAAUUUUAUCUGACCUGGGGUGAUAUUGCAUUAUAUGGUCUUAGUUUUUAGAUUGUAAACAAUGAUGGUCAAGUUAAUUGAACCAGUCAUAUUGCAUUUGACAAGUGAAAUUAGAUUUUAAUUGAUAAAUAGUGAUGUAAAUUGAUUGAAGAAUUGUGCUUGAAAUAACCAAAAGAUGUAUCGCGUGCGGCAUGAUGACCUUGAAUUCAGGUCUGAGUGAUUAAAACUCUAUUGAUUUAGAAAAAUGUUGCUGGUAUGUUACGAAAAAAUAGAUAAUGUUUAUGUAUUUGCUUUAUUAUUGAAAAGUCUGUGUUUGCUUUAUCAUUGAAAAGUCUAGCUUUUUCCUUUUGGAUUUCAUUUAGCCAUUGCAUGAUAGAUUGAGCAGUGAUUCACAUUAAGUAGUAGAGUUUGUUCAAAAGUUUCAUGUUAUAUUUUUAACUGUUCCUCUGAACAGACUGACAAUACCAAUUUAACCUGUCCGGAGGUGUGUGUGUGUGUCUGUCUGUACAUCCAUCGCUACUGUGUGUGCCAACUGUAUAGCACGUGUCGUCAUUUUAAGCUGAUCUCAAAACCUAAAUUAAUUUACCAACUCUAGCAGCUCAGAUAGGAGUCAAAGGGUAUAAAUUUCGUCCAAUCAGAAUUGUGAUUUCAUAAGUCUUCAUCAUCAUCAUCCAUUCACAAUGUGUUUAACAACUCAUUUGCAUUCCAUUCAGAAACGCGUGAUUAUGGUUUUGAUAUGUCUAUUUUUUUCUUUUUUAUUGAAUUUGGGUUUUUUUUUGUACAUGUAUAAUGAUUUGUAUUGAAAUAUUCAUAUUGUAGUUAGUUUUGCAUUUCUUUACUUGAUCUCAAUGGUAGACAAAUUUUAAUAUGUAUUGGAUGAAUGGGAAGUUGUUGGCAUUGAAAGGGGAGAGUUAAGCAUAGAUGUUAUUUUAUUGCAUUUUCAUAGCGCUCAAAUCACAAAAAUUUGAUAUUCAGGUUUUUUAUGGGGAUUUUAUUUUCUUUCUCUUUUUUUUCAAGAAUUUCAUUUUUCCACAAUGUUUAUUACUAUUAUUAUUUUUUACAUUCACUUAAAAUAUCAUUGGGAUGUUCAAAUUUUUUAUAUUCUUGACAAGAUUACAUGUCAAACACAACUGGACAAUAUUAUGAUAGUUUUUAAAAUUAUAUUUUUUAGGAUGUAGAAAAAUAAAAAUCUAGCAAGAUUUUGAAAUGACAUCAUGCCAAGGUAGAAACUGCUGUCUCAAGUAUUGAUUAUUUUUGAUUAUUAAUAUAUUUAUUUUGGUAGACAGGUGUACAACUCUCUGUCUGGGAAGCCCGCUCAUGAAAUGCUCAUAUUUAUAUGCAUUUUUGUAUUAUAGUUUCAACGUUCACUGUAAUUUUGUUGCAUGUAGAGUAGAUUUUAGUUUUAGUUAUUUAGCUCCCUCCCCUUUUUCCUUUCCAUUUUAGAGGCUUUCCUUUCCGAUUUCUUUUUUUUUUUUCUAUUCAUUUCUUUUUCAUCUCUUUCUUUGUUUUUUUCUCUCCAUGUUUAGCUGAGUGUGUGAAUUGUUCAUAAGGUUUCAUUUUUAUCAGGCAUUAUAGUGGUUACAACUGAGCCUUGAAUAUUACAUUUGUUUAGAUUUUUUUUUUAAUGCAUUUACUUUACAAUUUUGUUGUCCAUGCUGCUUGGUUUGAAGAGCAGCAUUUGUAAAUUCCAAAAAUAUGCAGGUUUAAAAUUGUGUUCAUUUGCCUAUUUUUUUAUUCCAUUAUUAUAAAAUUUAUGUAGGGAAUUUGUUGUCAAAUUUAUCAAUUCUGUUAUGCAAAGUUUACACCACAAAACAACAAAAACAGGAAAAUGAUGAAAUUAUGACAAUUUACACAACAUAUUAGUAACCAAUUGUGUCAAACACUGUAAAAUUUAAUUUAUCUUAUUUUCUUUAGUUCAUUCCAUAAGGCAGUUCUGAUGAGAACUUUAAAUAUAAUUGCUGCUGACAAAAGUUCUGCAGAUGUGCAAUUCUUUUUUUUUUUAUCCUUCUGAAAAUAAAACAUGAUUAAAGAA